AGAUGAGAGAGGACAGGUGCUGCGAACGUGUAAAAAAUUGUAACUAUUGAUGCAAUGAAUAAUAAUAAAAAACAACAACAAACAACAACAAUACAUUUGAAAAAAAUUAUGUUGUGACCAUGCUGGCUGAUUAUUUUAUCAAGUUUCAUGCUGAUGAUCUUCAGGAAAUUUUAAAUUCACCUGAUAGCUCUCAGCAUUAUUCAAUUUAUGUCAACUUUGUAGAUUUACAAGAACAGGAUUUUACAGCAGCUUGGAAUAUACUUUUAUCACCAAGAAAAUAUUUAAAGCUUUGUGAUGAAUCAAUUGUCAAAGCACAAACACAAAUAAUUGAUAGUAGUUAUAAUCAGUCAAUAAAACCUUUGGUACACACAAGAAUAACAGCAGUUCCAAGACGUGAAAAUCAAAAUGAUUUUGGUGAGCUUGUUGUUACAUCUGGUAUAACAGUUAGAAUAUCACAACCAUCAAUUAUAAAAUUAAUGAAAAAAUUUUCAUGUAAAAAAUGUGAAUUUAUAACUGAAGUUAAGUAUGAUUGGGAACGUCAAACAUUUGAUGAUGUAAAAAAUUGUAAAGCAUGUCAAGCUAAAAAUAUUAUACAAGUACCAUGUUUACAAGGUGAUGAUUCUGCUGAUUAUCAAGAAGUUAAAAUACAAGAAAAAUGUCGUACAGAAACAAGUAGUUCUUAUAAUGUUGGUAUGCAAGUUAUAUUACUUGAUGAUUUGGUGGAUAAAUGUUCACCAGGUGAUGAUGUAGAAAUUAGUGGUGUUGUAAUAAGAAGAUGGUCAACGCUAACAGCUGGUAAAAGAACUGAAAUAUCAACAAUAAUGAUUGGUAAUUCAGUAUCAGUAUUGAGAAAAGUUGUUGAUUCAAAUCAUUCUGUAAAUGAUAUGAAAAAUAUAUUUGAUGAUUAUUGGUCAAAAUAUAUUGAUGCACCUCUUGUUGGAAGAGAUAAUAUUCUUGCAUCAAUUUGUCCUCAAUUAUUUGGUAUGUAUACUGUUAAACUUGCAUUGGCAAUUGUUCUUGCUGGUGGUGUACCAAAAACAAAUUCAACUGGUGUUAGAGUUCGUGGUGAGCCACAUUUAUUAAUGAUUGGUGAUCCUGGUACUGGUAAAUCACAAGUACUACGUACAGCUGCUAAAUUAGCUGUUAGAUCAGUGUUGACAACUGGAAUCGGUACAACAGCAGCUGGUUUAACUGCUGCAGCUGUCAAAGAUACUGAUGGAUGGCAUCUAGAGGGAGGAGCAUUAGUAUUAGCUGAUGGUGGUGUAUGUUGUGUUGAUGAAUUUACAACAAUGAAUUCAAAUGAUCGUGCAUCAUUACAUGAAGCUAUGGAACAACAAACAAUAUCAAUUGCCAAAGCUGGUCUUGUUAGUACACUUAAUUCAAGAUGUUCUGUUGUUGCUGCUAUUAAUCCAGUAGGUGGAAAAUUUAUACAAGGUGAAGAAAUGAAAACAAGACUUGGUAAUCCAUUAUUAUCACGUUUUGAUCUUAUUCUAUUACUCAAAGAUAAUAAAAAACGUGAAUGGGAUAUUAUGACAACUACACAUAUAUUACAAGCAGCUUGUAAAGAUCCAGAAGAAGAUAUUAAAAUGAGUGCUAAAAAACCAAUGGACAUAUUAAAAUCUGAGGGAUUAUGGAAAGAUGAAAGUCUUCGUGAAUAUUUUUCACAUGUUCAUUUGUUAAAUCCAAAAUUAACUAAACCAGCUGAAAAAGUAUUAAGUGCUGUUUUUUUGUAUCACCGAAAAAAUCCGAAUAGACGAGAAGAGAGAACUACAGUCAGGCUUUUGGACAGUUUAAUUAGAUUGGCUGAGGGUCAUGCGAGAUUAAUGUACAAAAAAGAAGUUGACAUUGUUGAUGCAAUUGUUGCUGCUCAACUUGUUGGUACUUGUCCAAAUGACAAUGAUGCAGGAUGUCCAUUUCCUGAUGAUCCAAUGGCACACUGUGAUAGAACAAUGAGAACUGUGCUUGAAUUACUUAAUUUAGAAUAUUUAUAUCCAUCUCCUAGCAACAGUCAAGACUCAACAGAAUAAUUGUAAUUAUAAUUAUUUAAUUAAUAAAC